UAUGCAAUCAAACAAUUGUAACAUAUUUGUAUAGAAAAGAUGUAAAUUACAAGUUUUACGACAUUGUUUUAUAUAAAUUAAUAUCAUUUCAAUGUUUUUCUUUUUUUAUACAAAAUGUUUUUUCUCCAUGAAUUUGCUGUUCAUUGUGGUGAAUAGCUUUAAGUUUCCUAUCGCUAGAAUUUCAGUUCAAGCAAAUGGUAUCUCACGGGUGGAGGUCGUUGCGUCAAAUUUCACAAAUCAUGAAUGAAUUCUAAGUUCUGUUAUACAUUUCUUACAAAUUAACAACAUUGUUAACUGUAUAUUCGAUAAAACAUAUUAAACAAUGAAUGAAGUAAGCGGAGGAAAACAAGAUAUACCUAAUACUUCUACUUGGGAGACGUUGCCUGGGCAGUCCGCAUCGUUAUCUACAAUGCAUCAUCAUCAUCAGUCGUUGCAACAAGAUGCAAAUCCAACGGUUACGCAAGUUAUAGUUCCUACACCUGUAAAACUUCAAGCACCUAUGUUAAAUUCUACGCAAACCGUAGCCGAUCAUUGUUCGCAACUUGGACACAUGCAACAAUCAAAUUUAAUAACGCAGGGUACACCGCCAGGAACAUUCGCAGAACCUGAAUUGUCGCCUGAACUACAGCAACAAGGAUGGAAAAAGUGUUGGAGUAAACGAGAAAAUCGUCCAUAUUUCUGGAACAAAUUAACAGGAGAAUCUUUAUGGGUAAUACCACCUUUGAAACCUCAGUUUGACCCAAUUACGGAUCCGCUUGGUAUCUGCGGCGUUCCACCUGUUGCUGGAAACGGUGCCAUACCUUCAGGAGGAACGCUCAAGCGUAGAGCUUCAGAGGACAGCGUUGUUCCAGCAGCGAAAAAAUUUGUUUUAGCCGGCCCAUGGGAUUUGGAAAUUCCAACGAACGUUAUAAUAUACGAGAGAGCACCGUCAAAUUUACCGCACGUUCACCCUGAAACGGAAGCGUUACGUUGUGGUUUGCUUGCAAAAUUGAGGCAAUGUUAUCAAGAAUUGUGUCAUACCCGUGAAUCGAUAGAUGCCCCUAAGGAUUCUUUCAACAGAUGGUUAAUGGAAAGGAAAGUUAUAGACUGCGGCUCGGAUCCCCUUUUACCGAGUCAGUGUUUCCCGGAAAUUUCCAUGUCUAUGUAUCGUGAAAUCAUGAACGACAUCCCUAUUAAAUUAGUCCGACCAAAAUUCACCGGCGACGCGAGGAAACAGUUGUCACGAUACGCGGAGGCUGCGAAGAAAAUGAUCGAAUCAAGAGCGGCAUCGUCGGAGAGUAGAAAAGUUGUAAAAUGGAACGCGGAGGAUACAUUUCAGUGGUUAAGACGAACAGUUGGUGCUACCUUCGAUGAUUUCCAAGAUCGCCUCGCACAUUUGAAACGACAGUGUCAGCCGCACCUAACAGAGACUGUAAAAGCUAGUGUCGAGGGUAUCUGCCUGAAGAUUUAUCAUUUGUCAACAGAGUAUGCGAAAAAGGUUAAACAUAAAAACAAUCAAAUACUGAAAGAUAACGGUUUAGGGAACGUUAUACCGUUAGGAGGGCCAGCCAGUACUCAAAGAAAAGUUUGGUGUUAUCCGGUGCAGUUUUCUCUUCCAACAUCCCGGCUUCCACAAGUGGAUUAUCUUCCUGAACGUGAACAAACGAUGUUGCGUUUUCACGGUGAUACAUUGUGUAUUAAUAACAUGCAUCUCGCUAAAUUAGAACAUCUGUACAGAUACAAUUGUUUCGACGACAAAAAGUUUGAAAUGUUUUUGCCCCGUGUUUGGUGUAUGUUAAAACGUUACCAAACGUAUCUCGGGAUCAACGAAGGACAAGCGACGCAAAUGGCUCUACCCGUUACGGUCUUUGAAUGCCUUCAAAGAUCAUUCGGCGUGUCGUUCGAAUGUUUCGCAUCUCCGUUAAACUGCUACUUUAGACAAUACUGUUCAGCAUUCGCCGAUACGGAUUCGUAUUUUGGAUCGAGAGGACCGUUUUUGGACUUCAGACCAGUCAGUGGCUCGUUUCAAGCAAACCCACCGUAUUGCGAGGAACUUAUGGAAGCGAUGGUCAAUCAUUUUGAACGUCUUUUAGCUGAUUCAGCCGAGCCCUUGUCUUUUGUGGUAUUCUUACCCGAAUGGAGAGAUCCAGCGCCUAACGCUCUUAUCAAAUUAGAAAGCAGUCAUUUUAAGAGGAAACAAGUAGUGGUACCAGCUAUGGAGCAUGAAUACAGACAUGGAUUUCAGCACAUACUACCAAAAGGUGAAGUUAAUAUUAGAGCAGCACAUGGAACUUUAGUAGUAUGGUUACAAAAUACUGCUGGUACUGCUCGUUGGGGACCCACCGAGGAAAGGGUUGAAGCAUUACUAGAAGCAUGGCGUCCCGGUAGAGAAAGAGAACGCGAUAGACAAGAACUUUUAUCACCGCCAAGGCAAACGCAUCAACCGAUACCUUCAAUGCCUAUUCCGGUUUUAACAACGCCUACAACUCCAACAGUACCGUUACAAACAUUAUCCACACAUCCUAUAUAAUUAUUAUUAAAUUGAAAAGAAGGGUAGCAAAAAAAAGUAAAAUAAGUUUGAUGCUUUUAUUUUCAUUUUUUUUUUCUGAAAUUGGUCUAUCACAGAGAAUAUUUGAUAUAUAAUUUAUCAAUUCAUUAACAGCACGUCGUGUGAAUAAACUAUUUAAUAUGUUUCAUUAUACAUAUAUAUAUACACCCUUCAGAUAUUAGUUUUAAUCUUAAUUUAUUUCAUCUGAAGAACAUAAAUUGGUAUAUGAAUAGUUAUGUAUACAUGCAUACAUAAAAUAUUAUUUAAAUAUUAUAUUUUAUUAUACCAUAAAAAUUUUAUCAAAAUUCCUUCUAUUAAGAAUAGCAAAGAUUUAUUACUUACUAAUUAUGAACUCUUUUGUGAUGAUUAUCAGAGAGUGCAAUUCAAUUCCAUUAUCUAUUUUCACAAAAAAAAAAAAAAAAAAAAUGUUGAAACGUGUAAAAUGUGACAAUGAAAAAUAUGUAUCUAUUAUAUAGGUAUAAAAAAGAAAAAACAUUAUUCGAGAUAAUUGAUAUAAAAUCACGUUGCGUGGAGUCUAAUCUUUGUAAUAGUGUUAAUUGUUGGUAAUUAAAUAAGAAGACUUUGUAAAACGUGAUACCUUAAGUGAGGUACUUGCCAUGCAAGCAGAAAUUGGUACUAGUAUGAAAAGUUAAGGAAGAAAUGCAAUAGUUAAGUAUGCGUGCCGCGUGCCUGUGUGUGUAAAUAAUGGAAGUACAUAUUAUAUUUGCUUGUUUUUAAUUAGAAUAUUAGUUUAUACGAAAAUAAUUUAAAGUAAUAUCCCUUUUUAUACCUUUUAUCCAUGACAAUCUUUUCUUUUAAUAUGAAAUAACAAAACUAUGUGGAAACCCCAUUUUUUUCUAAAUGGAUUAUCAGUGCAAUAUUUUAUACAAAUCUUUAAUAGGACUUAUACAGAAAUAUAUUAACUUCUUUCACAAAAGACAUUUUUUUGUUACUUUUCAAUGAACUUUUCGACUUUGAAAUUAAUAUUUCAUAGGUUUACGUGUUCAGAAAGUAUACUGAAAUGGAAUAAUCCAUCGGUCUGUUUAUAAAAUCAUUUGUAACAAAUUUAUAGAAAUCACUUCUUAAAUCAAGCGUAUCUGGAUGGAAUGACCUGUUCAAUCUGCGCAUGCAUACAUUCAUAUCGAUGUUAUUUAAUAGUUACAAAAUGAGAUUAAGCACAGAAUUUUUAUACGAUAAAAAGAAUACUUCUAUCUUGUAACAGCAUUUCUCUGGUUGCUAAUGUAUUACAAGCAAAAUUUAUCAAAAUUAAAUAUCAAAUAUAAAACAUUUAA